UGGGCUCGGUCUCCAUAAUCUAUGAUUUUGAAACCUUGGUUCUUGCUAACUCCCCUGGAAUUCACCCUUUCACUCUACUUUUUUGUAUGCCCUUUUCCAUUUCCAUUAUUUCAUCUUCAUUGUUUGAACCAUUUCUCUCUGAAUUUAAUCUCUUUCCUGAACCCCUCACAUUCGAUCGACUCACCUGCACGCUCAACUCUACUCUUUUUGUAAAUCACGAAUCGGUGAGGUAUAAUGGCUAUGGUAGACGAACCGUUAUACCCAAUUGCUGUUCUAAUUGAUGAGCUGAAAAACGAGGAUAUUCAGCUUCGUUUGAAUUCGAUUCGUCGUCUUUCAACGAUUGCUAGAGCUCUCAGUGAGGAGCGAACCCGUAAGGAACUGAUUCCAUUCUUGAGUGAGAAUAAUGAUGAUGAUGAUGAGGUGCUUCUUGCUACGGCCGAAGAGUUGGGAGUGUUUAUUCCAUAUGUUGGUGGUGUGGAGCAUGCUACUGUUUUGCUUCCGCCCUUGGAGACCUUGUGUAGUGUUGAAGAGACUUGUGUGAGGGACAAAUCGGUCGAGUCACUUUGCAAAAUUGGUGCCCAGAUGAGGGAAUCUGAUCUUAUUGACGCGUUUAUUCCUAUGGUCAAGAGGUUGGCAGCUGGUGAGUGGUUUACUGCUCGUGUUUCUUCAUGUGGCUUAUUCCAUAUUGCUUACCCAAGCGCUCCAGAUAACAUAAAAGCUGAGUUGAGAACAAUAUACAGCCAACUGUGUCAAGAUGACAUGCCAAUGGUCAGAAGAUCAGCUGCUAGCAAUCUGGGUAAAUUUGCAGCUACUGUUGAUGCUACCAAUUUGAAGGCUGAUAUCAUGUCAAUGUUUGAGGAUUUGACACAAGAUGAUCAAGAUUCUGUUCGUCUAUUGGCUGUUGAGGGUUGUGCAGCCCUUGGAAAGCUUUUGGAGCCACAAGAUUGUAUUGCACAUAUUCUUCCUGUGAUAGUUAAUUUCUCUCAGGAUAAGUCAUGGCGUGUACGCUAUAUGGUUGCAAAUCAACUUUAUGAGCUGUGUGAAGCAGUUGGUCCUGAACCUACGAGGUCAGACUUGGUGCCUGCAUAUGUUCGGCUGCUUCGUGACAAUGAAGCAGAAGUACGUAUAGCUGCUGCUGGAAAAGUGACCAAAUUUUGCCGUAUCUUGAAUCCCGAACUUGCAGUUCAGCAUAUUCUCCCAUGUGUCAAGGAAUUGUCAUCAGAUUCUUCUCAGCAUGUUCGCUCUGCUCUGGCUUCAGUUAUAAUGGGAAUGGCACCAAUUCUAGGAAAGGAUGCUACAAUUGAGCAGCUUCUUCCCAUCUUUCUCUCUCUUCUGAAAGAUGAAUUUCCUGAUGUACGUCUGAACAUAAUCAGCAAGCUUGAUCAAGUGAAUCAGGUCAUUGGAAUAGAUUUGUUAUCACAGUCAUUACUCCCAGCAAUUGUUGAGCUUGCUGAAGAUCGACAUUGGAGAGUUCGAUUGGCCAUUAUUGAAUACAUACCUUUGUUGGCCAGUCAGUUGGGUGUCGGAUUCUUUGAUGACAAACUUGGUGCUCUAUGCAUGCAGUGGUUGAAUGACAAGGUCUACUCAAUUCGUGAUGCUGCAGCGAAUAAUGUUAAGCGCCUUGCUGAAGAAUUUGGCCCAGAAUGGGCAAUGCAACACAUAAUCCCACAAGUUCUGGACAUGGCUACGAACCCGCACUAUCUGUAUCGGAUGACAAUUGUACAAGCAAUUUCCCUGCUUGGCCCUGUCAUGGGCGCAGAAAUUACAUGUUCCAAAUUGUUACCAGUAGUUGUAACUGCAUCUAAGGACAGGGUACCAAACAUAAAGUUUAAUGUUGCAAAAGUGUUGCAGUCGCUUAUUCCUAUCGUUGAUCAAUCAGUGGUUGAGAAAACUAUUAGGCCUUGUUUAAUUGAGCUUAGUGAAGACCCAGAUGUGGAUGUCAGGUUUUUCGCUACACAAGCUCUGCAGUUGACAGAUCAGGCUGUUAUGGCUAGCUAGAUUUUCUUUUUCCUUCAUUCUUUUUUGGGACCCAGGUGUGUAGCUAGAUCUUUGUGGUAUGUUAUAGGCAUUCUUUACCCCUCUUUUUAAUUUUAACCCUCCCCCUCUGCAAAACUCAGCAGACGAAAAUCUGCCUCUAGUGUUGUAAUUUUGCUGGAAUUCAAUUCAGACUGAUCAGUUUUGCUCCUAUUAAAUGUCAGCGAGCUUCAAUGUCUAUUGCCUGUGAUAUUUUGUAAGGAAAAGACAACUACACGAACAGAUUUUUACAGCCAAACUGAACUUAAGUUAUCGUUGUUAUAUAAUAGUGUUUAUUGCAUUUUACUGCAUCUUUGCUGGCUGCCAUUGAACA